ACUGCGCAUGCGCGGAGCGGUGGCGGGGGCCCUGCCGAGGGGGAGGGGCCGCUCCCGGUGCCGCCGCACGGGGAGGGCGAUGGCGAGCCUGCUCCCCGCGGCCGCCGCCUCCUCCUCCUCCUCCUCCCCCGCCGGCGGCGCCCCGGCGAGGAGCAAGAAGCGCCCGGCGAGCCCGGGCACCGGCAGCGGCCCGGCCAAGAAGAAGAAAGUGGCGGCGGCCGGCGGCUCGCAGGUUCAGGCACGUUGUAGAUGAAUGGAGUUGGAUUCUUCUCCUGCCUUGGCUUCAGCCUGUUACUUGACAGAGGGGUUUUGAUAUGCUCCCUGAGCAGCAUUACAGCGAUAACAGCACAUGAGCAUAUCAGUGCAGGUGGAGAGGCCAUGAACGAAAAUAAAUUUCUGAACACAGACUCCAGCACAGGAUCAGUGGAAACAGCCGUCAAGCCUUUACCAUUUAAAGAUCCAAAAUUCAUCCACUCCGGCAUUGGUGGAGCAGCAGCUGGCAAGAAGAACAGAACUUGGAAGAACCUAAAACAAAUUCUUGCUUCUGAAAGGGCAUUGCCAUGGCAACUAAAUGAUCCUAGCUAUUUUAGUAUUGAUGCUCCUCCAUCCUUUAAGCCUGCCAAGAAAUAUUCCGAUAUUUCAGGACUUCCAGCAAAUUACACAGAUCCCCAGAGCAAGCUGAGAUUCAGUACUAUUGAAGAGUUUGCCUAUAUUCGGAUGCUCCCUUCAGAUGUGGUUACAGGAUACCUGGCUCUAAGGAAGGCAACAAGCAUUGUUUCCUGAAGAGACCAAACAUUGUUGGGUAUCACUCCUGAAGGGCUCUGGUUUUGAGAACCACGACGGAAACUGCCUGCAGGACUGAGGUUCUUUAAAACUCUCCAUGGAUAUUUACAUCUGGAAGUAGUUGGUGAUACAUGGAUUUGAACGAACAUGCGGUUUUAAUUUGGAUAAAUACUUGUAUUUGUUAGUUUGCCAAUUUGUAAGCAAUUGGUUUGGUGAACAGAAUAACUUAGACCUUAAGGAUAUGGAUCGGCACCAUAAUGUCCAAGUUACAUCAAUUUAUUCAGAGAAAGGAUUUCACCCCUCCCCUAUAUAUUUUAUGUACUGCCCUGGCUCAGAAGAAGAAAUGGCCAUAUGAAUAGAGGGAAAGGUACUAAGAUAUCCCGGCUUCCAAACCUGCCUUACAGAUGUGCUUGCCACUUGUCUCUGAAGAAGUCUGUCCCACGUGUAAACAUGGAAGUUAAAAUACCAAGAGCUGCUCUAUCAAUGACUGCUGGUGGUACUGAGCACUGUGGAAGUGAACAGCUUCACACAAAUAUUUACACUGGAGAAAUGUCAGCAUAAAUAAAGCUGGACUCAAACUUGGUUUAAAGUAUCUUAAGAAAUAUGUAUAAUGGAACCAAACCAAAUCACCAUGCGACUCUUAAGUGUGACACUUUGUAGUUUUUGAGUACUUCAUUCCACAACCCAACUGUUCUUCUGCCUCAGUACAUCAUCAUUAUUAUUACUAAUCAGUACAAAAAAGCACUUAUUUCCCAGACUUUUUUUUUUUUUUAAAUAAAAAGAUGCUAUAAAAGCAUGAA